GCUCAUUGACUAAAAACAUCCAACUUCAUCUUCACCUACUUGGCCUAAAUGAAGAAGCAAGCAUCGCUCGAUCGCCGGAUCCAAUCCCUCUUCCCGGUCGUGCUUGCCUCUUUUCUUAUCUUGGGGACUGCACGAUUCAUCUUUGAUAACUUGAAGAAGAACCAGAGCCAUGUUUUCAGGCAAUACCAAUUUCCAGAAGGCAGAAGGCACAGGGUGCCGAUUAAUGUAUCAGAGGAUGAAGGCAUUGAGGAAGGAUGCAAUGUUUUUGAAGGGAAGUGGGUGUGGGACAAUGUGUCUUAUCCUCUCUACACAGAAGAUAGUUGCCCCUUCCUGGUUAAGCAGGUGACUUGCCUGAGGAAUGGGAGGCCUGAUUCUCUCUACCAGAACUGGAGGUGGCAGCCCCAUGGAUGCAAUUUACCGAGGUUUGAUCCAUUGAAGCUAUUGGAGAUUUUGAGGGACAGAACACUCAUGUUUAUUGGAGACUCGAUACAAAGAGGCCAGUUUGAAUCAAUGGUCUGUUUGGUGCAAUCCAUAAUCCCUGAUGGAAAGAAAUCCCUUCACAGAAUUCCUCCAAUGAAGAUUUUUAAAGUAGAGGAUUUCAAUGUUACAAUUGUGUACUACUGGGCUCCCUUCAUUGUUGAGUCCAAUUCAGAUCAUGCAACAAAUCACACUGUACUAAAACGACUGGUCAACCUCGAUGCCAUAGCUAAGCAUGGCAAACAAUGGAAAGGAGUAGAUUUACUCGUAUUCGAGAGCUACGUGUGGUGGAUGUACAAGCCUGUAAUCAAUGCUACAUUCGGAUCUCCCUACAAUGUCCAGGAAUACAAUGUCACCACAGCAUACAGAUUAGCACUACAGACAUGGGCUAACUGGAUGGAGUCCAACAUCAAUCCCCAGACACAAAAGGUUUUCUUCAUGGGCAUGUCUCCAACGCAUCUAUGGAGCUGGGAGUGGAAGACCGGUAGCAAUGAAAACUGCUUCAAUGAGUCAAGUCCAAUCCAAGGUCCAUAUUGGGGGACUGGUUCCAAUCUUGACAUCAUGGAAAUAGUUAGAGAUGUCUUGCAAGGACUAAAAAUAGAUGUAACAUUACUGAACAUUACCCAAUUGUCGGAGUUUCGAAAAGAUGCUCAUACCUCGGUUUACACGGAGCGCAAGGGCAAGCUAUUGACAAAAGAACAGAAAUCCAAUCCUAAAACUUUUGCAGAUUGUAUUCACUGGUGUUUGCCAGGAGUUCCUGAUACAUGGAAUGAGAUCCUGUAUGCAUAUUUGUUACAGAACUAUAAGAAUUCUUUAUCAAUGGUAGAGCAAUCAUGAAGAGGCACACUGGCUAUGUU